GAUAGAGCAACAAGCUGCUUAAAUGUGUUUAAGGGCACCGAUGCACGUUACAGCUACCGCCACUGACAAGUCGCCUUGAAUUCCCGAGUCCCCGAAACGUUCUUCAGCAGCUCCCGAAACGUUCUUCAGCAGCCCCGCCUCGUGCGCCUAACACCAUGGGCGCAUCCGAGAGCAAACCACCGACAAAUCCAAUAUUAGCUCGCAUCGAGCAGGAAGCCGUGCGUGCCGCAGUGCCACGCGGGCUGAAGGACGAGAGGAGCCGACAGCUGGAGUAUGAGCUGAACUGGUGUUACAACCGCAAUAACUGGUAUUUCACGAUUGGCGGCCUGGUCGUGGGCAUCAGCUUGGGCUACUCCAUGCGCUCGCUGCAACCGGUGGCGUGGGCUGCCAUCCUGGCGCCAGCUGCAGAUUGGUUCUACGAGCAGCACGCCUGUGCCGAGCUGCAGGAGGCCUACAGCGAGCACCAGAAGCGGAUCAAGGGGGAGGCGCGGGCGCGGGCGGAGGCUGCCAAGGCGGAGGUGCGGGAGCACUACGCGCAGUACAUGGCGGCGGAGGCCGCAGGGGCUGCUGGGGUUGGUGGUGGUGGUGGUGGCGCCCCUGGGAGCUACAGCGGACCCGCAGGAGGCAGUGGCGGGGCUGCAGCUGGCCCCGGAGGUGGACCGGGGGGGCUCGGGGCAGGAGGCGGGAGCAGCGGUGUGCCGGGCGCAGUCGCAGGGCCAAGCGUGACGGCGGGGGCAGGAGGAGAGGCGGGGUCAGGGGCGGGUGCCGCGCGGAGAGGCUGGUGGCCGUGGUCGGGGUCUGGGAGUAAAGCGUAACGGAGCCAUGGGCCGCCACUGCUGGUGUAAGUGAUGGGAGAGGCACUUGGUUCGUGUUUAAUGUGGUUGUUGUGUGGGACUGUGCGCGGAGUCGAGUUGUGGGUGUAUGCACUAUGAGCGCGUCAGGGGUGUGCGAUGGCAGGCGGGUUUUGCAAGCCAGGGUAGCGGUAGCUGGAACGUGUAAGGCUUGCAGACAGGCGUACGGUAGCCUAGAUGCGGUCGUGGCAUACCUGAUGGCCAAGGUAUCACGGAGCCGGUGUCCAGGACCGCAAGCCGUUCAGCCGCAGGGGUGCACGACUGCACUGGCAGCACUGCACUAAUGCUGAGACAGCCGCUAAUCCAGCCAUUAUUGCCGCCAGACCCUGGGCAUCCCAACCUCUGGCCCCGUGGCCCACAGCAGGUCGUCAUGCCGCCGUGACUAUACGUACUGUAUGGGCGGUGAACCGUACGAUGGCUCGAGGGAGGGCGCGGCCAAGUGGCUAGGCAUGAAGGCGGAAGGAAAGGAUGAGGAAAGGGAUGUGAAUGGUCGAAAGGUAGCAGUCGAAGUUGGUCGAAGGACCCGGGGGCCGUCGCCGAUGUGCGCGCCAGGGCAAGCAGGAACUCC